UGCCGCCCGUGCGGCCACCCAUCAAUCCCAUUCCCCCUCCCCCCACGCCUCCCGCUCCGCCCACUCCACAUCGCCUCCCGUCCCCCACCCACCGCCGCCCCCCGCGCCCGCGCCCGCCAAAUGUCGGAAGACGGCGGCGCUGGCGAGCCGCUCAGCGGCGACCAGAAGCGGGAGAUCGCCGUCUGGUUCCUCGCCAACGCCCCCACCGGCGAGAUCCACUACGUCGCCAAAGAUGUGCGGGCGCUGCUCGGGGACGACGCCGCGUACGAGGCCGCGGCCGCGGAGGCCUACCCGGAGUACAACAAGACGCACCUCCUCUCCCUCCAGCUCCCCGACCGCAGCGGCGAUAUAAUCAUCACAACUUAUGGGGAGAUUGACAGGAACAACUAUCUGGACCCUAGGACCGCACAAAUUGCUACCGUGGACCAUGUUAAGCAGACUUGUACAAAAUUGAGGCCUGCUGCAGAUGAGGAGCUUCCUUCAGCAUAUAUUGAAGAGUUUAGGAGUGCUAUAGAUUAUGAAGUGUCCAAAUAUGUUGGUGAAGCUUAUCCAAAAGGUGUUUCUGCCGUUUAUUGUACCAAUGGAAAGGAUCUAGAGGAACCAGGAGCUGAUUUUGGUUUGGCAGUAGUUAUCUCCGCUGCUAGGCGAAGCCCACGAAACUUUUGCAAUGGCAGCUGGCGUUCCAUUUGGACUUUGGAAUUCAGUUAUGCGUUUCAACUUGUAGAAAUUAAAGGAAAGAUACAGGUAGAUGCUCAUUAUUUUGAAGAGGGAAAUGUGCAGCUGGAUACUGACGUUGAUUGCAAGGACUCCACAAUAAUGCAGUCGCCCGAAGACACUGGACACACAGUCGCUAACAUCAUUCGGCAUCACGAGUCCGAGUAUUUUUCAUCUCUCGAGGAAUCAUACUUGAAUCUCUCCGACGCAACGUUUAAGGAUCUUCGGAGGAAACUUCCGGUUACCCGCACCCUUUUCCCAUGGCAUAACACGCAUGCCAUCACCCUCACGCGGGACCUUGCCAAAGAGCUAGGGAUAGGGAAAGGAAGCCAUGUCACUAGGUAGCUUCGUGUGGAAUUUUUAUCUCCAUGCAAUUUGCUGUUCUGUAGGCUGUACAAUUCUUAUCCUGUAUAAUCAGCAGUUUUCUUCUUUCGGUUACUGUGGUUUCACAUAGCGGUGUAAAUCAAGAGCUUGACCUUUCUUUUGUGGAGAAAUCGCAUCGCCAGAAUAUAUGUUCAUUCAGAUUC